UCUUUCCCCUUCCUUCACUGUACCAUGAUCUACUUUAAUUUAACCUUUCCGGCAAAUUUUCAGCUUCAAUUUUAAACCUUUUGGCUUUUUUCCCGAGUACUUGUGGUAAUAAUUUUUUUAACAGUUUUAUCUAUUAAUAUUUCAGCUGAUUAAUCUAAAAUUCUUAACUCCAUAAUCAAAAGAUUAGUAAUUUACUGCUGAAAAAUUGGAGAGAGAAGGAGAAGGGGGAGCAUGUGUUUAUUUGAAUUAUCUAAUUGCGAUCCAGCUCUGUCUUUUUGAUCGGGAGAAGGGAAUUUCUGAGGUGGGAAGCGAAAAGGUAGCUGAAAGAGGCUAUCUUUUAUAUACAUCGGUGGAAGCGAUCUAGAGAGGGAGAGAAGGGAGGUUGGAAUUAAGAUGGCGAUACUAUACGCGCUGGUGGCGCGAGGAUCGGUGGUGCUGGCGGAGUUUACGGCGGCGUCGACGAACGCCAGCGCAAUCGCCAGGCAAAUUCUAGAGAAAAUACCUGGGAAUAACGACACGCAUGCUUCGUAUUCGCAAGAUCGAUAUAUCUUCCACGUCAAACGCACCGAUGGCCUCACCGUUCUUUGUAUGGCCGACGAGUCCGCCGGAAGGCGUAUUCCUUUUACGUUUCUUGAAGACAUUCAUCAGAGAUUUGUGAGGACUUAUGGCCGAGCAGUAUUUUCAGCCCUCCCUUAUGGCAUGAAUGAUGAAUUUUCAAGGGUUUUGAGCCAGCAAAUGGAAUAUUACUCGAGUGACCCUAAUGCCGAUAGGAUAAAUCGAGUAAAAGGUGAAAUGAGUCAGGUGCGAAACGUUAUGAUAGAGAAUAUCGACAAAGUUUUAGAGAGAGGUGACCGCUUAGAAUUGCUGGUUGACAAAACUGCUAACAUGCAAGGAAAUACCUUUCGCUUCAGAAAGCAAGCUCGCCGUUUUAGAAACACAGUAUGGUGGAGGAAUGUCAAGCUUACGGUUGCUCUGAUAAUCCUCCUCCUAAUUAUUGUUUAUGUUGUGCUGGCUUUUGUUUGUCACGGGAUCACGCUACCUUCCUGCCUAAAAUGAGGUCAACAGUUUGAGAUUUGAACACCUUCCCCACUCUCAUGCCCCUUUUCCUUAUGUUUCCAUUUUUGUUUGAUUGUCUUUUAAUCCCUGCUAGGGGGUAUAUGGGAUGUUUCUGUUUCAACUUCCUCUGCAAUGAGUUGUAUUUACUGUUUUUUUAUUCAAUGUGAAGAGCUAGAACUUUCGUGCUGC